AUGAAUAGCAGACUCGAGCGCAUAGCGUGGCAAGAUCUGCCGCGCACUUUUCGGGACGCCAUCUAUGUGACGCGGCAGCUCGGCUACAGCUACCUAUGGAUCGAUAGUUUCUGUAUAAUACAGGAUGAUCAGAAGGACUGGAUCGAGGAAGCUGUGCGAAUGUUUGAAAUCUACUCUUCGGCUGUCUUAGUCUUGGCCGCUCAUCACGCCAAGAAUAGUCAGGGUGGACUUUUCACGAGGGUCGGAAAAUCACGCGAGGUGCGCCUCGCGCUCCCCAGCUCCAGCUUUGAGAGCAAACACAUGCGCGACCUCCCAGCUCUCAUCGAUAUGAUCGGCCACCGAAGUGACGCGGUGUGCCCGUUGAUCAAUACUGGUGAGGAGACGACUACAAACGAGGUAAAGACCACAUAUGAGGUAGCGCCGCUGUUUACACGUGCAUGGGUCUUUCAAGAGCGGAUGAUGAGCCGGCGUAUGCUCAUCUUUACGGCCAGCGAGAUGGUAUGGCAGUGCAACGAUGACAUUUCUUGCCGUACCCGGAGCGGCGUCGACAAUGAAAGCUUUAGAGCCCUUUUUCAGGCUGUGAUGGCCGGCAGGAAGCCUGAUGUUUGGGAAUACGGCCCGUCCCACGUGGGCUUCAAGAGUCGGUUGCCAAGGCUGGGCUCGAGGCUUCAAUUUGACAUGGAAACCAAGCAAAAUAUUUGGUACAUGGCAGUCGAGAGAUAUUCCGAUCUCAGCAUAACCAAACCUGAUGACAAGCUGCCUGCCAUUGCCGCCAUCGCCCGUAAGCUGAAACAAUUCAUGCGCCCCGAAGACCAGUAUCUUGCCGGGCUUUGGUCGGAGAGCUUCUAUGAAGACCUGCUGUGGAGAGUUCGUCCAGGUCGGCUUCACGAUAACGCUAGAGGCAUCGAUCGCAUCCUCAGCGCGCGACCUCAUCAUCCCAGCGGGGGGAGCGAACCCUGCUGGCCGGCGCCGACGUGGUCAUGGGCCUCUGUUCAGGAUCCCGUCUCCUUCAUGAUUCAUCGAUAUAAGCGUGUAGGUCACGAAGCCAAAUUGCAUCCGCAAUGUUCAAUUGAGAAGUUCACGACCUGCAAUCCUGAUCAGGAUCAGUUCAUGCUGCCAGCUAGGAAUUUAUGCAAAUUGCCCAUGGAAGCCAGGACAGUCCCCGCCCGCCUUCGGAAAUUAGAAGACGGCAAGGGUCGAAUAUUUUUCCAGAUUGGCCUGACAAUGAUAGACGGGGAGUGCAUCCACAUUCACCAGCACCGGCAUGGCUGUCGAGUCCACGUCGACGCGGAUCCGUGGCCUAAAAGUGGCUGGGAAGCUGUAGAUCCGACGCACUUCUACGGCGGCGACGGCGGCGGCCGUGAUGACGACCUCGAUGAAGAGAGGAUACAACGCCAAAAUAAAGACUAUGAUAGUGAUGCUGAUUCUAGCGAUUACUCCGCAGAAGAUGUCAGCCUCUCCGGCUACGAUUCGGAGAACAUUCUAGAUCUGCCUCGCCCGCGACAUCGUUCCAAAACCAAAACCAAGCAUCAUUGGUGCAAACCUGUCCAGUUGGCCGAAGUAGCCUAUGUCACGGGUGUAACCGACGAUUCUACUAGUAGGAAUAAUAGGCAUGCGGAUCGUCGUAAACGCUAUAUCUUCAUGAUCUUGCAGCAAGACGGCCCAUAUUUUGCACGGCUCGGUCUGGCGCGGGUCGACGAGCUCGACUCAACAGUACGCCUCUUUGCCAAACUGAAACGCAUACAGCAGACUAAGCGACUGGUCAUUGUGUAA